AUGGCCCGACUGCUUCAGAUACUGGAAAGUCUCUGCCAUCGCGGCAUAAGGGCCAGGUUCAAUGGGGCAAGAGGAAACAAAUUGAUGUUCCAGAUCCCCAGAGGCCGGGAGUUCCUGAGAGUCUGCUACUUCACCAACUGGAGCAACGGUAGAGCAUCCAUGUACUCCCGCUUCUCGAUACAAAACAUCGACCCCACGUUGUGCUCCCACCUCAUCUACGCCUUUGCGAAGGUAGACCCAGACAGCCGCUCCAUCAUUCCCAUGGAGGCUGAUGAGGACGCAGGCUUGACCAUGCCGGCAGGUAGAGGGCGUCUAUUCGCAGAAUUCAAUGACCUCAAGAAAAACUAUCCGCACCUGGUCACGCUCCUGUCCAUCGGAGGAGAAACCGCCUCGAGAGAAGCUUUCGUCGACGUGACGUCAGACAACGACAUGCUGUCACGCUUCGCCAAGACCUCGGUGGACUUCCUUCGGAAACGUCAGUUUGACGACCUGCGAGGAGCCUUCAACGACGACAAGACAGGUGAUAGAAAGCUGUUGCUAACUGCUGCCUUACCUGCAGGAAAGGAAACCAUUGAUGAUGGCUUCGAGGUGGAAAGCUUUAGUAGGUAA